UAUCUAAAAUACUUACAAGGUUUUUUUUCUAAAGCUGAGUGAGAGGGUGAAUGGAUGCUUCUUUAUUACUGAUUUUGUUAGUAUUUUUUAAACUGUACUAUUUAUUCUUCUGUUUAUAUCAUCUGUGAUUUAGUGGAGACUCUGGUGGCGUAGUGGUUAAGAGCUACCGUUGCUAACCAAAAGGUUGGCAGUUCAAAUCUACCAGGUGCUCCUUAGAAACUCUAUGGAGUAGCUCUGCUCUGUCCUAUAGGGUCGCUACACGUCAGAAUCGACUAGAUAGCAAUGGGUUUGGUAUUUUUGGUUUAUGGCGUAGUGCUUAUAUAUGUACGUGUAAAUAAUUUUUAAAAUCCUCGAUCUUUCAGAGGAGAUAUCUAUCAAAUUCCAACAUAUUAAAUGGUGCUGCAAGCCUCGUUGAGAUGCAGACCCUGAGAUGAAUCUUCUGCCUUCUUUUAAAUUCAAUAGUGCCUUGACUUUUUAAAGGCAACUGUGAAAAAUCUGUUACCAUAUCCAAUGGGUCUCCUUUAGAAAUCGGAUUUUCUCAAUAUUGUGCAAGCAAAACAAAAUGCAAAAGAUAAAUUGGGUGGUGAUAAAAUUCUCUGUCAUCUCCAGCCUCUAAUUUCAAACACUUGUAUUCUUCAAAGUAGCUAGCUGCCUUAUCCUUAUUGACACUGUCAUACCUAAUAAUUACGGACUGUUUACUAGGUUCCAAGCACGAUUCUAAGCUUCACUGAAUCUUCCUAACUCUGUGAGGUGGGUGAUAUUCCUAUUCACAUUUUAUAGAUGAAGUAACUGAGACACACAGAGUGAUAUGCCAAAAACCAUACAACUAGUAAGCGGCAGAACCAAGAUAUAAACUCAAGUAGACUGACUUGAGAGCCUGGAGUCUUAAUCCUGCUGUGAAUAAAUGCUGGAAAUCAGGUCUUUAGAAUUCCACUUAAGACUUUGCUUUAAACCAAAGGCGUGGGAGGAGGACUGGCCACUAAAGGUUGAAAAACCACAACAGAGUAGGCGCGUUAGGAGAUUGCUUUCUAUGAAGUAGUGGAUACGACUUGCCUUCCCGGGUUGAAAAGCAUUCACUUUGGGAGUUUACACCGGGCUGUAACUCAGGAAGCACGUGGACAGCAGCAGCAGUGACCAGCAGGAAGCACGCGGACGGCUUCUCGUCCCCCUGCAGUGGACAGCGGCAGCACUAGCGGUGACCAGCAGGAAGCACUUGGACGGCUUCUCGUCCCUCAGCGGUGGACAGGAGGAGCAGCGACCAGCAGGAAGCACGUGGACGGCUGCUCAUCCCUCAGCGGUGGACAGGAGCAGCAGUGACCGGCAGGAAGCACUUGGACGGCUUCUCGUCCCCCGAGGGUGGACAGCAGCAGCAGCAGCCCCAAUGGUGACCAGCAGGGAGCACGUGGACGGCUUCUCCUCCCCCGACGGUGGACAGCAGCAGCACAAGCGGUGACCCGCGCGAACCGCGGCGGCCACGUCCGAGCUCCGGUUCCCGGGCCCCGCCCCAGCUCCCGCGGCUCUCCAGGAGCAGAGCGGGAGUAGGAACUGUUGGCGCCCGGGAAGUGCCAACUCUCGCGGGAAGAUGUGUCGUUGCCUUGGUAACCGGGUCGCGGUCCUGAAAGAUGGCGGGGCGCGCACUGGGUGUCAGGAGACGGAGCGUUCCAGGGACUCAGCUCCCGCUACGCGUUCCACAACCUGCUGCACCCCGACGGGACCUCCUCGCCCAGGAGGAAGAAUAUAAACGUUUAAAUGCAGAAUUGGAGGCAAAAACAGCUGACUUGGUUCGACAAGCUGAGGAAGUAAUAAGAGAACAGCAAGAAGUACAAUCGAGGCCUUUUUCACAAGUUAAAUCUUACCAAAAUGAGGAUGAUUGCAGUUUAAGAGGCCUGUUAUCCUCUGAAGAGACAAUUCAUCUACAUUCAGAAUCUAAGCCAAAGACCAAAAAUAUUGGUCCAGUAAUCAAGGUUCAAAACAAACUACACUCUGCGCAUAAAGGAAGGAAAACAAACUCAAGUGUAAAACUGAAAUACUCUGAUGUACAAACUGCCAAUGAUGUUGCCAUUCCGGAGGAUUUCACAGACUUUUCUCUUGCAAAAACAAUUAGUAAAAUUGAAGGGCAACUAGAUGAACAAGGCUUACCUGAGUGCAUAGAUGAUGAUAUUUUCUCUGGUGUUAGUAAAGACAUUGGAACAGAAGCUCAGAUGAGAUUUCUAAAGGCUAAACUCCGUGUUAUGCAGGAGGAGCUGGAUGAUGUUGUAUGUGAAUGCAAUAAAAAGGAAGACGAAAUUCUGGAUUUAAAGUCUCAGGUGAAAAGUCUUACAGAAGAUAGUGGACGACAGCAGCGUACAGUUAACAUACAGCAGUCUCAGAUAGAAAAAUACAAAGCUCUUUCAGAAGAAGCAAACAAAAAAUGUGACAGAUUACAGCAACAGCUGUCUUCAGUAGAAAGGGAACUAGAAAAUAAAAGACGACUACAAAAACAGGCUGCCACCAGCCAAAGUGCCACAGAAGUCCGCCUGAACAGAGCUCUAGAAGAAGCAGAAAAGUAUAAACUGGAGUUAAGUAAAUUAAGGCAAAAUAACAAGGUUCCGAUUAUUAAUGGAGGUCUGGAGCUGUUUCUUCGCAUUUUGAGUCAUGCCACAUCAGCAAAUGAAGGUCCUGAAAGCUUUACUCCAUCCACGUCAUUAAGGUUGACUCUACUUUGAGGAGGCAGCUCUUCCCCAGUUAUCUUUUGAGUGCCUUCCAGCCUGGGGUGCUCACCUUCCAGCACUAUAUCAGACAAUGUUCUACUGCUAUUCAUAAAGCUUUCACUGGCUAAUGCUCUUCAGAUGUAGACUGCUGCGUCCUUCUUCCUAGUCUGUCUUAGUCUGGAAGCUCAACUGAAACCUGUCCUCCAUGGGUGACCCUGCUGGUAUUUGAAUACUGGUGGCAUAGUUUCCAGCAUGACAGCAACAUGCAAGCCCCCACAGUAUGACAAACUGAAUGCUCCUUAGAAGCAAGAAUGGUGAGACUGUGUCUUACAUACUUUGGAUAUAUUGUCAGGAGGGAUCAGUCCCUAGAGAAGGACAUCAUGCUUGGCAAAGUACAGGGUCAGCAGAAAAGAGGAAGACCCUCAACGAGGUGGAUUGACACAGUGGCUGCAACAAUGAGCUCAAGCAUAACAACGAUUUUAAGGAUGGCUCAGGACGGGGCAGUGUUCCGUUCUGUUGUGCAUAGGAUCGCUAUGAGUCGGAACCGACUUGACGGCACCUAACAACAACAACAACAACAUGCCAGAGGAGCCCUGGUGACCCAGUGGUUAAAUACUCAGCUGCUAACCAAAAGUUCGGUGGUUCUAAUCCAAAAGCCGCUCCAUGGGAGAAAAAUGUGGCAGUUUCCUUCUGUAAAGAUUACAGCCUUGGAAACCCUACGAGGUAGUUCUACUCUGUCCUAUGGGGUUGCCAUGAGUCUGAAUCGACUUAAAGCAAGUUUUUUUGUUAAUAGUAUAUGUCAGCAGUCCCUGGGUGAUCCAAGUUGUUAAGAACUCAGCUCGGCUAGUAUUGGAGAAAGGUUUAGCAGUUUGAAUCCACCCAGAAUAAACCCUACGGUGCACAGUUCUACACGGCACAUGGGGUUGCCAUGAGCCAGAAUAAACUCGACACCAAUUGGCUGUACUAUAUGCCAGACACAUUUCUAAGUUCUGGCACUAGGUGGUGGAAAAAAAAGUGUAUCUCAACUGUUACAUCCCUCUCUGAGCCUCGAUUUCCUAAUAUAUAUAGCGCUAUUUUACAGGGCAGUGGUUCUCAGACUUGAGCACUCAUCAGAAUCACCUGGAGGGCUUGUUAAAAAAAUUGUGGGCCCUCUCUACCCCUACAGUGUCUGGUUCAGUUCUGGGGUGAGGCUUGAGAAUUUGCAAUUUUAAUGAGUUCUCAGGUGAUGAGGAGGCUGCUGGUUCUGAGAUUACACCUUGAUAACCACUGCUGUAGAGCUAUUCUAAGGAUCACCAUUGUAUCCCCAGUAUCUAGUCAAUGCUUGGCAUAGAAUUGGCUCUCAGUUUCAGAAAUGUGUGUUGAAUAAGUGAAGGUUCAACUAUCGAUGUGUGUGAAAGCCAAUUGUACACUCUAUAAAUGUUAGCUAUUAUUUCUUUCUGGUUCUGGGUCAGUGUGAAAGGACAUUUAAUGACACUCCAUUAUAAUCUGUCCCUUAGUACCAAUAUUUAGUAAUUUAAUAAUGGCAUGGAUGAUGAAAUUAGGAGCUACCCUCAUUACAUACACAGAUGAUACAUUUUGGAUUAAAUUAAUAACAAUAGGAAUAGAACUGAAUUGAUCUUGAUAAUUCCUCCAAAAUAUUUAACAGAGGCAAAUAUAUACGUUAAGAGGUCCUUUAGCUUCGGAUAUGAUCUGUGAGAUAUUUAUGUUGUAUGAUCAGGCUGUUUUCAUGUUCAAGGGACAUCAAUAAUGUCAUGACUAGGAUUUAUUAUUAGAAGUUACCAAAUAAAGUAGAACGUAAAGCCCUCUUUACAAACUUGGCAAUAAUUAACAUGUUAUUAGAAUACUAUUUCCAAUUUGGUACAUUUUAAAGGGAUUUUGAAAAAAAUACAAGGGAGUGUAACCAUGUAGGAAACCUUGGAGGCAUAGUGGUUAAGUGCAAUGGCUGCUAACCAAAAGAUCAACAGUUCGAAUUUACCAGGUGCUCCUUGGAAACUCUGUGGGGCAGUCCUGCUCUGUCCUCUAGGGUCGCUAUGAGUCAGAACUGACUCGAUGGCAACAAGUUUGUUUUUUGUUUGUUUGUUUGGUAACCGUCUGUUUCAGGAUUUACAAAUUCUAACUCUGGCUGUAGAUUUUAUCUCUAUAUUAGCACAUGUGUAGGAAAAUAGAAAAACUGGUUUCCAUGACAACAGAUUACACUCCUAAUUCCAGCCAGCCAUCUUAUAAAUUCAAGUAAUAAGGACUUCAUAUAUGAACAACUUAGUAAAAAGCCAUCAACACUAUAAAAACAACAAGUGUAAUCAAGACACAACUUCUGAGAGCAGGUCUGCAUUAUGGGUGAUUAACUUAAACACAAACGGGAUGCUGAUUUUGCAUAUGUCCCACUGCUGUCCAGUCGAUUCCAAUGCAUAGCGACCCCGUAGGACAGAACUGCCCCAUAGGGUUUCCUAGACGUUUGCAACCUACCCAGCGAUCUGCAGGAGAAAAGACCCGGCAAUCUACUCCCAUAAAGAUUACAGCCUAGAAAACUCUGUGGGGCAGUUGUACUCUGCUGUUCUGAAGGGUUGCUAUGAGUCAGAAUCAACUCAAAGGCACACAAGAACAGUGAUUAAUCAUGUUGAGCAUCUUUUUACAUACUUAUUUGGCAUCUUAAUAUAUUCUUUGGUGAAGUGUCUAUAAAAAUCUUUGCUCAUUAAAAAAAAUGGACUUUAUUUUUUAGAACAAUUUUAGAUUUACAGAAAAAUUAUGAAGUUAGCACAGAGUUCCCAUAAAUUCUGUACCUGGUUUCCCCUAUAAUUAAUAUCUGCAUUAAUAUGGUAUAUUUGUUAUAACUAAUGAAUCAUUUUUUAUACAUUUUGAUUAAAUAAAGACCGUACUUUAUUCACAUUUCUAGUUUUUUAACUCAUUUUCUUCAUUUCUAAAAUUGUGUUGUCUUACUAGAAAUGAGUUGUAAUAUAUCCCAGCUAUGACACUUUUGUCGAAUGUAUGUUUUGCAGAUAUUUUAUCGCAGUCUGUAGCUUGCCUUUUAUUUUUGUAACAACACUGUCUUUUGAAGUGCAAAAUUUUGAUGAGGUCCGGUUUAUUGAUAUUUUUUCCUUUUAUAAUUUGUGCUUUUUGUCUCCUAUUUAAAAAUUCUUUGCCAAGCGUAAUGUCACUAAGAUGUUUCUUAUAGAAGUUGCAUACUUUUAGCUUUUAAUAUUUGCUAAGUUUUGUGUAUGUUCUGUAUGUCUGUAAGAUCAAGUUGGUUGAUUUUAGCAUUUAGGUCUUCUCUGUCUUUAUUUAGCUUCUUUCUGGAUGUUCUGUCCUUCACCGAAAGUGGUGUUGAAGUCUCCUACUAUUAUUGUGGAUUUAUCUCUUUCUCUUUUCAAUGGUGUUAGAGUUUGUUUUAUGUAUUUUGGAGCCCUGUCGUUGGGUGCAUAUAUAUUUAUUAUGGUAUUGACCCUUUAGUCAUUAUAUAGUGUCCUUCUUUAUCCUUUGCAGUGGAUUUUGCUUUAAAGUUUACUUGUCGGAGAUUAAUAUUGCCACUCCUGCUCUUUUUUGAUUGUUGUUUGCUUGAUGUAUUUUUUUCCACCCUUUGAGUUUUAGUUUGUGUUCUUUGAGUUUAAGGUGUGGCUCUUAUAGACAGCAUAUAGGUAGACCUUGUUUUUUAAUCCAUUCUGCCAUUCUGUGUCUCUUUAUUUGUGCAUUUAGUCCAUUUACAUAAUUAUUGAUAGGUAUGAGUUUAGCACUGUCAUUUUGAUGUAUUUUUUGUGUGUUGUUGACAGUUGCUUUGUUCCACCUAAUUUUCUGUGCUGAGUCAUUUUUCUUUUUAUUAUUUUUAUUUUUUGUACUUUAGAACAAACUAAUUUCUCAUCAAACGAUUAGUACACAUGUUGUUCUGACAUUGGUUAACAGCUCCACGACAUGUCAACAAUCUCCCUUCUCAACCCUGGGUUCCCUAUUACCAGCUUUCCUGUUCCCUCCUGCCUUCCAGUCCCUGCCCCAGGGCUGGUGGGCCCCUUUAGUCUUGUUUUGUUCCAUGCACCUCUUCAAUCUUUGGCUGAAGGGUGAACCUCAGGAGUGACCUCACUACUGAGCUGAAAGGGUGUCCAGGGGCCGCACUCUCAGGGUUUCUCCAGUCUCUGUCAGGUGUGCAAGUCUGGUCCUUCUUUUUGAGUUAGAAUUUUGCUCUGCAUUUUUCUCCAGCUCUGUCCAGGACCAUCUAUUGUGAUCCCUGUCAGAGAAGUCAGUGGUGGUAGCUGAGCACCAUCUAGUAUCUUUAGUUUUCUUCAUUCUUCCUUGCUCCUGAAGGGGUGAGACCAGUGGAGUAUCCUAGAUGACCACUCACAGGCUUUUAAGACCCCAGAUGCUACUCACCAAAGUAGAAUGUAAAACGUAUUCUUUAUAAACUAUGUUAUGCCAGUUGAGCUAGAUAUUUCCCAAGGUCAUGGUCCCACAGCACUCAGCCCAGCAAUUUGGUCCCUCAGGGAGUUUGGACUGGUCUGUGGAGCUACCAUGACCUUGCCUGUAACUGACUUCCCCAAUACUGUAUACUGUCUUACCCUUCACCAAAAUUUCCACUUGUUAGGAAACCCUGGUGGUGCAGUGGUUAAGUGGAAGACUGCUAACCAAGAGGUCAGCAGUUUGAAUCUACCAGGUGUUCCUUGGAAAUUCUGUUGGGCAGUUCUACUCUGUCCUAUAGGGUCGCUAUGAGUUGGAAUCGACUCAACGGCAGUGGGUUUGUUUUUUUAAUUAUCUAUUAAGUGUUUUUCCAUCCCCACCCCUCCCCUCUCUCGUAACCAUCAAAGAUUGUUUCUUUUUCUAUGUAAACUCUUUCACGAGUAUUUACAGCAGUGGU